CACUGUUGUUGUUUCAUCGCACCCAAACAACGCGUUCAAAGGAUCACGGCCUUUGGUUUGAGAUGUAAAAGCCCUAUACGGAUUGACCAUGUAAUGCAUAAUUCCAGCAGGAUGCACAGCCAACAACCAUUGUUUGCAUGCCCUGCCGAAGGACCCUAUCAUCAUGCGGGAUAUGUGGUUGGAGUUCGUUGGUCCCAAGUGUUGACAAAGUGCACAGUUGGGUGCCAGACUGAUCCCCUGGUUAUUAACGGAUGCUGGGACCUACCAGAGGAGCAAAGUAUCUUUGAUGAGAGGCCAGGAGCUGAUCUACGUUGCUAUGCCCAUCAAUGCGGCUCUGGAAAAGACCUCAACUCCAGCCUCACCUCUUGCCUGCUCACCAAUGGUCAUCGAUGGGGAGGUCAGAAUUAGGAUGACCAAUGGGGGGAAGUCGACCAUGUCCAGUAGUCUGCACCUGAGGAUCCCCAACAGCUGCAUCAUAGCACAGGAUGCUUUCUUCAAGGUCCUCUCCCUCCUCCUCCUGUCUCCUCAAUUCAACUUCUUCAUGGUCCUCUCCCUCAUGUCUCCUCAAUUCAACUUCUUCAAGGUCCUCUCCCUCAUGUCUCCUCAAUUCAACUUCUUCAAGGAUGACUCUGUGAUAGCUGUGGACAGCAAUGGGUUCAAGCAGUAUGAUGGUAGGGGAAGAGUUUCUUUCUAUUUUAUCAGCAAGAAGAUACAUAUCAGAAGAUCAAAAAAGUUUAACCUCAUUGAGUUGCUUGAUGCGCUCCACAUGGACAGAAUGAUGAGCAAGAUUGAAUCAUGGCGGAAGGACCCCGGUUCAUUCCUAGCAUCUCAAAGUCUGAGAACACAAUGCUCUGUAGGAGAGGAGGUGUUUGUGCUCAUCGUCGAGGGCUUCUUGAUCUUCAACUACGGGCCCUUGAACGAAUUAAUGGACAAGAGAUAUUUCCUUGAAAUUCCUUAUGACGUCUGCAAAGAGAGGAGAGGCUCGAGGGUGUAUACACCACCUGACCUGCCAGGGUACUUUGACGGAUAUGUGUGGCCAAGGUACCUGAAAAACCGGCAAGAGAUGGAAGACAUGGUAUCGGAUAUUGUCUUUUUGGAUGGAUUGAAGUCAAAGGAGGACUUGCUGGAUUAUGUGUAUGGGGAUGUAACCAUGGAAAUACAGAGUCUCAUGGUUACCAAGAUGAGGACAGCCUUGUGUUUGUGGAUCGUCAUGGCAGUGCUCUGCCCAGGAGAGGUCAAAGGUCAUAAAGGUCACGGAGGUGACCACCACCAGGGUCAGGGGCUUGACCAGGAUCAUGAUCACGGGCGCGAUAACAACCACGACCACGACCACAGGCGAGACCAUGAACACAGGCGAGACCACAACCACGGGCAUCAUCACCCUGAGCCUGGUGACAAUGGUACCAAACCAGUGAUACAAGGUAAUGGGGGGUUUGCCUUCAGCCUGUACAAGCAGCUGGUGGUUCAGCCUGACAACCAGGGCAAAAAUUUGUUCUUCUCCCCACUGAGUGUGUCCCUGGCCCUGGCUGCUCUGUCCGUGGGGGCCAGGGGUCAGACCCACCAGCAGCUCUUCGCUGGUCUGGGCUUCAACAGCAGCCUACUGACACAAGAACAGGUGGACCAGGCCUUCCAGACCAUACUCACACAGCUCAACCAGAAGAACGGAGUGGACCUGUCCAUAGGAAGUGCACUUUUCCUGCACAACACCUUCAAACCACACCCUGAGUUCCUCAAGGACAUGAAGCGCUUUUACCUCUCCGAGGGUUUCACUGUCGACUUCACCAACACGGCCGAGGCCAUCGACACGAUCAAUAAAUACGUGGGGGGAAAGACUCGAGGCAAGAUAGACAAGUUAGUCAAAGAUCUGGACCCAUCCACUGUCAUGUAUCUCCUCAGCUACAUAUACUUCAAAGGAAAAUGGGAGAUUCCAUUUGACUCUAAAGACACAAAGGAGGACACAUUCCAUGUGGAUGACAACACCACUGUUCCGGUCCAGAUGAUGAGCGUGAAGAAGAGGUUCUCCGUCUACUACGACCAGGAGAUCUCCACCAGUAUCCUGCAGCUCCACUACAACGAGUCAGUGUCAAUGAUGCUGGCGCUACCAGAGAAGGGACUCGCCAGUCUGGAGGAGGCCAUAGGUCAGAACCACAUCACCAAGUGGCACAGGUGGAUGAAGGCCAGGGAAUACCAGGUGUAUGUUCCCAAGAUGUCUGUCACCACAACAUACUCCCUCAAGGACGUCCUGAGUGGAAUGGGAAUGCCGGACAUAUUCAGUAAUGGAGCUGACUUCAGUGGAAUAUCAGAGGAUCUGAAGGUGGCUGUUUCAGAGGUGGCGCACCAUGCCUCCUUGGAUGUGGAUGAGGCUGGAGCGACUGCAGCAGCUGCUACAGGUGUGGUCCUCAUGCCCCUCUCCUUCCGAAGCACCCCUGUGUUGAAGUUCAACCGUCCGUUCAUGGUCAUUGUGAUGGACCAGGAGACCAAGAGUAUUCUCUUCAUGGGCAAGAUCAUCAACCCAGCCAACAAAUAAAACCAGUGGUGUAGAAAACAUGUGCUCUAUAAAAGCUGUGGUCUAUAAUCGCAAAUUGAAGCGUAAGCGCAUGCUUUGCCUGUGCUGCUGUUACAUAACCCAUCCAAACUUCUCUGGCUCAAUCUAGCCUGGGAAGCUAAAACUAACAAGUGUGUAAAUCCUCUGUAUUCACUUUGGAUAUUUUUACAACUACUAAAUGCAUAUCACCAUUU